GAGCGACAGGUCUCGGGCCCCCCCAGGCGGAGCGGCGGGCGCCGAACCCCCAGGCGGAGCGGCGGGGCGCCGGACCCCAGGCGGAGCGGCGGGCGCCGGACCCCCAGGCGGAGCGACAGGUCUCGGGCCCCCAGGCGGAGCGGCGGGCACAGAGUCACCAGGCACGACAGUGGGCUCCGAGUCAACUGGCAUGACCGCUGGCACUGGGUCAGACAUUGGAUCGUCUGGCUGGACAGCGGGCAUCGGUCACCAGGCAUCAGGUCAUUUGGCUCGACAGCGGGCACCGCGUCAUCUGGCAAGGCAGUGGGCUCCGAGUCAACUGGCAUGACCGCGGGCACUGGGUCAGACAUUGGAUCGUCUGGCUGGACAGCGGGCAUCGGGUCACCAGGCAUCAGGUCAUUUGGCUCGACAGCGGGCACCGCGUCAUCUGGCAAGGCAGUGGGCUCCGAGUCAACUGGCGUGACCGCGGGCACUGGGUCAGACAUUGGAUCGUCUGGCUGGACAGCGGGC